AUGUUUUUUUUUUUUUUAUUACACAAAGCCGGACAGUCCUCCUCCACCUGGUACCAGACGUCCUCUCCCCCGUGGUACCAGACAGUCCUCUUACCCUUGGUACCGGACAGUCCUCUUCCCCUGUCUCGUCAGAAUUCAGUGGUUGACCUCCUGAUGCCGAGGUCAGCGCGGCACAGCCACCGAUUUCACACUCAAGAUGAAAGGGAAAUGAAGAGUGUGAGGCUGGGGGGGGGGGGGGGGGGGGGGGGGAGAGGUCCACCCCCCCUCCUCCCCCCUUUCUGCUCAGCCACCUGUGACACCAGGCCUCAGCCGGGGACCGCAGCCGGACUGGAGCUGAUGGGGUUUUGA